AUGGAGAUAAUGUCUACCUUGGGGAAGAAAAUGAGCCUUAAGUCUGAACGCCGAGGAAUUCACGUGGAUCAAUCAGAGCUCCUUUGCAAGAAAGGAUGUGGUUACUACGGCAACCCUGCUUGGCAGGGUUUCUGUUCCAAAUGCUGGAGGGAGGAGUACCACAAAGCCAGGCAGAAGCAGAUUCAGGAGGAUUGGGAACUGGCAGAGCGACUACAGCGGGAGGAGGAAGAGGCCUUUGCCAGCAGUCAGACCAGCCAAGGGGCUCAGUCCCUCACAUUUUCCAAGUUUGAAGAAAAGAAAACCAAUGAGAAGACUCGCAAGGUUACCACAGUGAAGAAGUUCUUCAGUGCUUCAUCCAGGGUUGGAUCAAAGAAAGCAGAAAUUCAGGAAGCAAAAGCUCCCAGUCCUUCCAUAAACCGGCAAACCAGCAUUGAAACGGAUAGAGUGUCUAAAGAGUUCAUAGAAUUUCUCAAGACCUUCCACAAGACAGGCCAAGAAAUCUAUAAGCAGACCAAGAUGUUUUUGGAAGCAAUGCAUUACAAAAGGAUACUUAAUAUUAAGAAUUACCAUCUUGUGCCUCCUGAAAGAGUUGAGAAGAUAAUGGAUCAGAUUGAAAAGUACAUCAUGACUCGUCUCUAUAAGUAUGUGUUCUGUCCAGAAACGACUGAUGAUGAGAAGAAAGAUCUUGCUGUUCAAAAGAGGAUCAGAGCCCUGCACUGGGUUACACCUCAGAUGCUUUGUGUCCCUGUUAAUGAAGAAAUUCCUGAAGUGUCUGAUAUGGUAGUGAAAGCAAUUACAGAUAUUAUUGAAAUGGAUUCGAAGCGGGUGCCUAGAGAUAAGUUGGCCUGCAUCACCAAGUGUAGCAAGCAUAUCUUCAAUGCCAUCAAGAUCACCAAGGAUGAGCCAGCUUCAGCCGAUGACUUCUUACCCACUCUCAUUUACAUUGUUUUGAAGGGUAACCCCCCACGCCUUCAGUCUAAUAUUCAGUAUAUCACCCGCUUCUGCAACCCAAGCCGAUUAAUGUCUGGAGAGGAUGGCUACUAUUUCACCAAUCUGUGCUGUGCUGUGACUUUCAUCGAGAAGUUAGACGCUCAGUCUUUGAAUUUAAGUCAGGAAGACUUUGAUCGAUACAUGUCUGGCCAGACUUCUCCCAGAAAGCAAGAAUCUGAGAAUUGGUCUCCUGAUGCUUGUUUAGGUGUUAAGCAAAUGUAUAAGAACUUGGAUCUCCUGUCUCAAUUGAAUGAACGACAGGAAAGGAUUAUGAAUGAAGCCAAGAAACUUGAAAAAGACCUAAUAGAUUGGACUGAUGGAAUUGCAAAAAAGGUCCAAGACAUUGUUGAGAAAUGUCCACUUGAAAUUAAGCCCCCAAAUCAGUCUUUAGCAGCUAUUGACUCUGAAAAUGUUGAAAAUGACAAACUUCCGCCACCAUUGCAACCUCAAGUAUAUGCAGGAUGAUGAAAAUGUACAGAUAGUAUUUAUUUGAGCCUAAAUUGUAGCUAGUCCUUACUACAGUCCACUGAUUGAGAUAUAGAAUAUAACUUAAUUGCUUCUAAGUGUCAGAGCAUUUUUCAAGGUACAGUUUGUGGGGAUUGUUUUUGUUUUGUUUUCCUGGCAGGGAAGCUUAGUAAAUAAUAAAAUACUAUUUAUUUGAGUUACUGAAAUAGAUUCAUUUAAGGCUUGUGUGAAAUUUUUGUCUAAAUCUAUUUUUUCUCCACGAUUUUCCUAUGUGCUUCCACGUGGUAUUCAGUGUGGUUUAGAUUUGGGUAAAUAAUUGCCUCUUAAAGGGUAAAACAAAUGAAUGCUACAAAAUGUAUGUUUAAGGGAAUUCAAUGGUACCACUAUUCUAUAAUUUAAAAUAAUUUUAUAAUUGUAAAGAUAGAAGAUAUAUUGAUAAGUAAGUAUAUAAAAUUGUAAAUAUGUAAAAAAAGAAAAAAAAAAGGAAUGGUGUGUGCUGUGCAUGGCAUUUCAUAUGUUCAUUUUUUGGGUUUAAAAUGGUGUAUUGAAUGUUUGCCUUUAACACCAUUUUACUUGGUUUGCCCCACUACAGUGAAUGUAGAAGUUUUUAGACAUACUUCCCUUAAAAUGUUGACUCCAUUUUUGACACUAUGGUAACCCUGAUUUUAAGGUCCUGUAUAGUCAGAGACUAUGACACCAUUGAGGUUCAGGAUAAUUUUAAGUUUAAUUCACUGUUCAGUAUACUCAGUUGAAGGCUUUGAGCCAUGCUUCUCACACCUCUUUCCUCUAUCCAUUCAGCAAAUAUUUAUUGAGCUCUUUGAUGUAAAGGAGACCUUGCUCUGGGUCAAAGGACAGCAGGGACCAGGACUCUGCUGAUGAGAGCUGACGGGGAGCUCUCAGAGCUAUAAAGUGCGGGUGACCUUUUGCCUCCAUAGUGUACUUUUGACUUUAUGGACAACCCAGACACAUGUCAUAUAAACCUCUUUUUGGGUUUCUCAACUUCAGCACUAUUGACAUUUGGGGCCCGAGGAGUUUUUGUUGUGGGGCUGCAACAUCCCUAGCCUCUAUACCUACUAGAUGCUAGUAGCAAACCCCCCCCUCCCCCAGUUGUGAAAAAUCAUCGUAGACAUUGCCGAAUGUUACCGGGGGUGGGGAGCAAAAUUGCCCCCAAUUAAGAACCACUGGUCUAUAUUGUAAGCAAGGUAGUUCUGCCGGUGGAUAAUAUGCUGUAACCAAAGAAUAUUGCAUGAAGUGCACACCAUACUGUUAACUGACCUCUCUUCCACUGAGGCUUUACCGUCACCAUCCAUGCAAAACUUCUCCUAAUUCUAAUGGAGCCUUUUAUAACUUAAAUAUGCCACUUAUGAUACUCCUUCCCAGCAAUCAUUUCUACAAAUUAUCAGUGUACCUGUGAAAUUGUGAGUAAUUCCCAGGGCACCAUUCUUGAACCAGAUCACAUCACACAAGCAGUAAAGAACGUUUCCUUUGUUUUCCCAAUAUCUUGCUAAUAAUAUACCACAAAUUUGUAGUCAGUAAUUUUGGAAUAAAACUAGGGUGCAUAUAAAACUUUUUAUCCUUAAAUUUACAUAGAAAAUCCGUCAAGUUGACAAGUCUGUUGUCAUAAAGCACUGAAGACAUGAGUCAGCUGAUCACCAAGUUCCUAUGGAAUGGAAUGAGUUACUGUCAAAUAUGAAUGAGAACUUGCUCUUAGAAACGUGGGCCCAAACGAUUUUUACACAAAGCUUUUCUCCGUUUUUCUGUUUCAUUUUCUAUGUACUUUCUAGGUGCUAACCCAGAUAUGCACACUCUUAAUUUUUCUGGGAAUAUAUAGUUCUUUUAGUCAUUGUACAUUAUGUCUGUUAAAUGAAAUGUGUAUAUCAGCCUCCCACUGAAGCAGUCUUCUUUGGAUUUCUUACAUAUCUUAAGGCAAUAUGUUGAAUUGACUUUUUUGUAUAUGUCAUAUUGGUUGAAUUCUUCAGAUGUGGACUCUUGCCUUAGGUAGAGGCUUAUAUUUCUCUUAAGCAUCAAUACUAUGGCCAGAGUUUCUGUUUUCUCAACCAGAAAGUAUUGCUAUUUCAUGUACUAUAAAUGUGAUUAGAAUAAACCUUGGGAACAGAAGUCCUUAUCAAUAAAAUUUCAUGAUCCA